UAGAAUAAGGACCCAAAUAAGAGAUCAAGGAUUUCUAGUAGGAGAGCUAACGCCUCCUCCACUGAAUGGACUCAGUCUUCUUCCUCAACGAAGAAGACCGUGCCCGCCUUAUUCGGAACAUAGCUCAAUCUGUUGGCUGUUCCUACUGUUGCUUGUGGGCUUAUUAUCCCCAUCCAUCCAACUGUUUAAUGUCCAUGGAUGGCUGGUACAAUGAAGAAACCAGCCAGCCCAUCUCCUCUUCUGGAAGUCUAUCCCAGAGGUUCUUUGAAGAUUAUCGAUUAGCACUCUACAACGUGGACAAUGGCCAUGUCCCAGGACUUGCUUUCAAGGAAGGUCUCUCCUAUAUACAGCUAAAUGAAUCGGAGCUUCUAAGCCGAGCUUCAUCUGCUACCCAGCGGCGAUUCUAUCAGGAAGCCAGGAUUAAGACUGCAGCAUUCAUGGGCUGCAAAAGUGGAGAGAUUGAGAUAGGAACUUCAACUGAUCCAACUGAGAUUAACAUGGAAAUGGAGAUGAGAAAAUUUUUCCCUGCAGAGCUCCAUCAACUGCCUCACUUCAGAGAGCUCCCUCACCAACAUGAUCAGAGCCACCCUUCAUCAUCUUCAUCGUCAUUGAGAUCACUAUCCGUGAAUAGCCCUGAGUACUCAUCCAUUUUAUUCAAUAUGCCAAGUACUAGCAGCAUGCCUGGAGAAACCCUCAAGGAAGUACCAAUUGAUCAGAAAGCAAUCAAGUCAAUAUCCACCGGAAUUCUGCCACACCAGCAAACCGGCCAAGCCUUCCCAUGGCUUCGCAGCAUUCAACACCCAACUCCAGAGAGCGACGAUGCGGCAAUGACUAGAGCCAUGCUCGCCGUUAUUUCUUCUCCAUCAUCAUCCUCAUCUUAUCAAUCCCAACAACAACAACAACCACCACCUUAUAAUUACAAAGUGAUGAACCAAAGAUGGAGUGCGUUCAAGAGGUACCGGCAGUCGGCUCUCCAGCCCAAUGUCCUAAGAAGAGACAACUUGGGCAGGAAAAAUAUGCUGAAGCGUGCAAUUGCGUUUCUUAAAAGCUUAGAGCUAAAGAGGGUCCAAGAACAAAUGCAAGGAAUCCGCACGACUAGCAAUCAGCUACAUCAUAUGAUAUCAGAGCGCAAGCGGCGAGAGAAGCUUAACGAAAGCUUUCAUGCAUUGAGAUCUCUGCUUCCUCCAGGGUUCAAGAAAGACAAGGCAUCGGUGCUUUCUAGCACCAGGGAAUACUUGAAUGCUCUGAAAGCUCAAGUUCUGGAACUCCAGCAAAAGAACCAGCUACUGGAGGCGCGGCUUUCGCCUGAAAAAGAAGUUAGUGAAGAAGGUAAUACAGUAACUGGUUCUCCAGGCAGAAGAGUAGACAUACGAGUUACACAUGCAGCUGAAUCAGCAUCGGAAGAGCGAGAGAUUGAUCUGCAAGUGACUGUUUUACAAGACUGUGAUUUGUUGGAGCUGUCCAUCCGCCUACUAGAAUCUCUUAAACAAAUCACGGACGUUAGCCUGGUGUCAAUGGAAGCCCACACGCAGAUGCAGCAAACGGGUUCAUACAACCGAGUAACCUUGAGGCUGAACAUCAAGGGGAGCGAAUGGGACGAGUCAGCCUUCCGGGAAGCCAUAGACAAGGUUGUUGCUGACGUGGCACCAUAACAAGUGGACGGAUUUUCUUUUUUGCUAAAGCAACAGCCAGCCAACAGUCGUCAACCAGUCUGGAUGCAGAUAUAUAUAAUCAAUUUUGUUUUAUGAUAUAUAUAGUGAUGUCGCCGGCCCAUAUUGACUGGGCUUUGUUUCUUUUGUUUUGGGGGGAAAUCAUGCGUGCAUCAUAUUCAAAGAUGGGGAACGUUAGAAAUGCCCAGAUAUGUUCAAUUCUGGCUACCUACACAGAUGAUGACCCCCUCAAAAAAUUAACAUGGGUCUGGGCUUCAACGUUUACUAAACCCACGGACAGUCUGCUUAUCAUUGUAUUCCUUUUAUUGUGUUCUUUUGAGUUUUGAGGAGCCCCGAUCCACUGUACAUAGCUUGCUUGGCUUGCUUGCUUGCUUGCUUGCCGUACAACACACGGUACAGUAUGCACAAUCAACAGACAUCUGUCCAACACAUUGUAUUUGUGUGCCGUAAACGAAAUUGAAUGGUAUCAACUAUCAAGUCCUUA